GCGCGUGGAUGAGAGGAGGGGAGGUAUGGCGGAAGGGAAAUAAAGAAUUAAAAUAAAACCUCGUCAGCUUUAAUCCCCUUCCUCUUCCAGCCACCUGAAAGUGCGCAGAGCGACUGGCUCUACUGUUAAAAGCGACAAGAAACAAACUGAUAGGAAUCGCGGACCGUAUUGAGGUCAGAAGAAAGCGUUGCCAGGGUGACACCGCGGCGGCGGGGGCGCGCCUGCCUGCGAGGCUGCGCUCGUUCGCGGAGCCGGAGCGGUCGCGGCAUCCUCAGUAGCAGCAGCAUCCUCCUCCUGCAACAACCGGAGCGUCUCCAGCUGAGCGUCCGCUGUGAUCAGCUCCAUCACACCUUCAGUCGGUGCUCCUCUCUGAAGGGAAUUUGCCGUGGAUUUACCGCUAAUGACUGACUAAAGAGGGAGUUAUAACCGCAGACUGCUCUGCUCAGGUGAUACUUCCUGCACAAGAGGCAGUGAUGAUAAAGAUUAUUAUAAUGGAUUUUUUUUAAGAUGCUAAAACAUGCAUCAUGCUUUCUGAUUAACGUGACAAUUUAAAGAUUUAUAUAAGGAUCUAUUGAGGAAGAAGCCAAGCCGAGUGAGGCUUGUCUGCCUCUGCUCGGAUCUGGUGUCUUUAUAAGGCUGUAGAGACUCUAUAAUUUCUGUUUUAACAUGGGGUCCCACCUGCCGAUGGAUUGAGAACGGACUGUCUCAAUUUUGCAUGUUUAAUUUAAUGCUUUUUUUUUUUUUUUAGACCGUUUUAUUUUAUUUAUUAAUUAAUUUUUUGAAAGAAGCACUUUUUUGGCUGACUUUUUUUUUUGUGGAGGAGGAGGAAGAGGAGCACUCCAUACCUGCAGCAGUGGAACUGAUAUUAACAGAUGGCUUCCUGCACGUCCCUCUCAAACCACCUAUCUUCUUAAGGAAGAAAGGUCCAGCAGAACCAGGAUCAGUGUGACCGACUAUCUGCUUGAAGCUAACUGGGGUUCGAGGAGACAGAAGUAGACAUACAGAAAGAAGCAGAGACACAAAAGGUUCCCACAGUGACUGGAAAACCCAAGAAAGCAAAUAUCUGGAGGUCAACCCAUCCAAGGAUAGCAGGACAAGCUUGAACACAGCGAAAAGGAUCAAUCCAAUUAUUCGGGCAACGUGAGACGGACAGGCAUGGAACGGAACAGAACCAUGCCUGAAGAAGUGUUUUGGAUUGCCUCUAAUCAGAAUUACCACUAACCUGGAUCUCAUUCCAAGGAUCAGCCCUCUCCCCCCAUCACCCCUGUUUUUCCCUUCGUACCUUCUACCAGGUGUCUAUUGAAGAAUUCACCUGAUUUUGGUGUUAUAUCUUGUGAUGGUUUACCCUCCUCACUACUGGUCUGAACUGACAGAACAGACUAGAAGCAAGUGGCUGAGCACUUUGACUCCAGCCAUGUAUAACCUUCCACUAUCUCUAGAUAGAAAGAGUCGACAGGCUUUGUUAUGCAGUACAAGGCCCUUUAGAUUCAUGACGGACUGCUGCCUGAUGUCUGUGCUGGGCCUGAUCUUGUUCUUCAGUCUGGCCUCAUGCCAGAGAAUGGAUCCCUCUAAGCACCCCAUAGUCAGCACCAACUAUGGCAAACUCAGAGGUGUCAAGAAGGACUUGAACAAUGAGAUUUUAGGCCCUGUGGAGCAGUACCUUGGAGUGCCCUACGCCACAGCGCCCAUUGGAGACAGGAGGUUUCAGCCUCCAGAAGCCCCAGGAUCCUGGCAGGAGAUCCGCAACGCCACCCAAUUUGCUCCAGUUUGUCCUCAGAAUGUCCACGGGGUGCUACCAGAGAUAAUGCUUCCAGUUUGGUUCACGGAUAACCUGGACGUCGCAGCGGGAUACAUACAGAACCAGAGUGAGGACUGCCUCUACCUCAACAUCUAUGUGCCGACAGAGGAUGGUCCGCUCACAAAAAAAACUGAUGAAUCUUCAAUGAACAAGCCUCGAGAUGAAGAUAUUCGUGAUCGCAGAAAGAAGCCCGUCAUGCUGUUUAUUCACGGAGGCUCUUACAUGGAAGGCACUGGAAACAUGUUUGAUGCCAGCGUCCUCGCCGCCUACGGCAACGUGAUCGUAGUGACCAUGAACUACCGACUGGGCGUGCUGGGUUUCCUCAGCACCGGGGAUCAGUCAGCUAAAGGAAACUAUGGGCUGCUGGACCAGAUUCAGGCUCUGCGUUGGCUCAACGAGAACAUCGGCCACUUUGGCGGAGACCCUGAGAGGAUCACAAUCUUCGGAUCUGGAGCAGGGGCGUCCUGUGUUAAUCUCCUAAUCCUGUCGCACCACUCUGAGGGGCUGUUCCACCGGGCCAUUGCUCAGAGUGGCACAGCAAUUGCCAGCUGGUCCGUCAACUACGAGCCCCUGAAAUACACCACGAUCCUGGCCCGGAAGGUGGGCUGCAGUUACUCAGAGUCCGCCGACCUCGUAGACUGUUUAAGGCGAAAGACCUUCAGGGAGCUAGUGGACCAGGACAUUCAGCCAUCCCGCUACCACAUUGCUUUUGGCCCUGUGGUGGAUGGAGAUGUGGUACCAGACGAUCCAGAGAUCCUCAUGCAACAGGGGGAGUUCCUUAACUAUGACAUCCUCAUGGGAGUGAACCAGGGAGAGGGACUGAAAUUUGUGGAUGACAGUGAGGAUAAUGAUGGAAUUUCUGCUGCAGCCUUUGACUACACAAUCUCUAACUUUGUGGAUAACCUUUAUUUAUAUCCUGAAGGAAAAAACAUCCUGAGGGAAACCAUUAAAUUCAUGUACACAGACUGGGCAGACAGGGACAAUGGGGACAUGAGAAGAAAGACUCUGUUAGCUCUGUUCACAGACCACCAGUGGGUGGCGCCUGCUGUGGCCACUGCCAAACUUCAUGCUGAGUUCCAGUCCCCGGUUUACUUCUACACAUUUUACCAUCACUGCCAGACCGAGGCGAGGCCUGAAUGGGCUGAUGCUGCCCAUGGGGAUGAGAUACCAUAUCUGUUUGGCGUGCCAAUGAUCGGUGCUACUGACCUGUUCCCAUGCAACUUUUCGAAGAAUGAUGUGAUGUUGAGUGCUGUGGUCAUGACUUAUUGGACUAACUUUGCUAAAACGGGCGACCCCAACCUUCCAGUCCCUCAAGACACUAAGUUCAUUCACACCAAACCCAACCGCUUUGAAGAAGUCAUCUGGACAAAGUUUAACCCAAAGGACAAGCAGUAUCUUCACAUCGGCUUGAAACCUCGAGUAAGGGACAACUACAGAGCGAACAAGGUAGCAUUCUGGCUAGAACUUGUCCCCCAUUUAGGUCCACCUGAUGUCUUCCCAACUACAACCCGAUCUCCACCUGGUCCAGGCCCUGGCUCCAUGCGACCCAAGUUAAGAACUCCAGGUCCUCGAACCACUCUCUAUCCCUACCCGACCUUCCCCUCCGACCCUGAGCCUGACGGCUCGGAGCGUCCAGUCCAGAGCCUUUUUCCUGGAGACACCCGUGACUACUCCACUGAGCUGAGUGUCACAGUUGCUGUGGGAGCCUCCCUCCUCUUCCUCAACAUCCUGGCGUUCGCCGCCCUAUACUACAAACGUGACAAGCGGCACGAGAUGCGACGGCACAGAUUGUCUCCUCAGCGUGGUGUCCCCGCCAAUGACCUGGCUCACAGCCAGGAGGAGGAGAUAAUGUCUCUGCAAAUGAAGCACUCAGAGCAUGAUCCCCACCAUGACCUGGAGCCCCUUCGGCCACAUGACAUCCUGCGACCUGCCUGCCCUCCUGACUACACGUUGGCACUGCGUCGGGCUCCGGAUGAUGUGCCAUUGAUGACGCCCAACACCAUUACCAUGAUCCCAAGCACCAUCACCAGCAUGCAGCCUCUCCAUGCCUUCAACACCUUCCCCUCCACAGGCCACAACAACACCCUGCCCCAUCCCCACUCCACCACCAGGGUAUAGUAGGACUGGCCCACGCCGAGCCAAACGAAGAAGUCGCAGUACUGCAUCUCCUUCUUGAAGGGAGGCCAUGGGAUGCCGUCCUCCAUUCCGUUGUUACAUUCUCUUGUUUCUCUACAGAGGAACUCCACCUCAACCAUCAUGUGCUGUACAGCUUAGCAGGAGACAUAAUAAACUAAAAUGAACUGCACUAGAGCAGAUAAUCAGCCUGGAGGUGGCGUCGAUCUUUCAGACAUACCUUUUUCCAGGAAGGUGCACAGUUUCCAGUCUAAAGAAAUUUUCAAAGGGACAAAGACUUUUGGACCUUGGAUGUUUUCUCUUUUUUACUUUGGUGUCAGCUUUUACUGUCUUAUAGAGUGUUAUGCGAGUUUUCUUAUUUGUUUCUUUUCUACAUCUGUGUCUUAUUUACAGCUCAUUGGCUUGUGAUUCCUCUCGUUAGGGUACUCUUUUACUUUAAAGAGCGACAAUGUACUGAGAUGUCAAAAGGAACGUCAAUUCACUCGAUCAAUACGAUUCGUGCCAAGUGUGUUUUUGCUUUCUGAUCAAAGUUGAAUUGAAAUGAAUCCAUGUCAGCUAAAGCAGGUUGUAUGUUCUAAUGACCAAGUGCCAAACUGGCUUUUGAUUGUGGAUUUAUUUCAUUCAUCUAGUUUCUUUUUGCUGUUGUUUAAGUGUUUUAUUGUGGCAAGAGUUUUUGCUGACAAUAUAGAUAUAGAGAAAUGAUAUAUAUAGUUCUAUAUAAAAGUGUACAAAGGAGAAAGAAUAUAGAGGGGUUUUCUCGAUGGGGAUCUAUGCAUGAAUUAUUUUUCAAGAAUGGUAAUGUGAAAAAAGGCUUAAGAAUCUGUCAAUGCACAUUUUCCCAAUUCUAUAUUGAUCCAUAGGAAGUAUUUCUUAAUUCAUAAAAUGUUCCUAAUUUUUACUAAAACUCAUUAGUCAUCUUUCUUGUAAACAAGAAAAGAAUUAGACAUGGCCGUGACUCAGAUUAGUACAUUACUAAAUUGUGGUGCCGUGUCAACCUGAGAAGCAUUAGCAGCUAUUCUCACUUUUUGGCUAUCCAAAUAUGUUGUAGCUACACAAUCAAGGUUAAGAAAAAUCUAUUUUUUCUCUCUUUGAUCAUACAUUUUGUGGAAUGUAUGCUAUAACAUGGAUGUUUUUAAUUACAUAAAUUAUAUCAGAGCCACCUUAAAUUGCAUGUCAGGCCCUCAUUAGUUAACAUAACAGCAAGCAAACUCACCUCGCCUUAUUAUCUUCUAUGUUCCGAUACUUUUCCUUAUGAUUGACACCCAUAUAUAGCAGUGCUUACCCAUAUUUUCUUGUCAUAAAUUGUAAUUACUUUCAUCUCGCAUCUCCAUAUGUAUGGAUUAAACCUUGUAGCUGUAAGCACACUGAGGGUACCAGGCAGGCUUUAACAGCUGUAGAGGAGAAGGGUUUUUUUGAACAGGGUAAAGGCAACUCAGUACAUGUCUGUUGUUUCUAAUUGUUCUCCUUCUGUUAGUUUAGGAAGCAGUUAUUUUAAAGCUUUGCUUUUCAAGAUGAAGAUGUCAGCAUAUGUAGUAUGGGUCAUUUCACAAAGCAGGAACAUAUGGUAGCUUAUGCGCAGUAUGGGGGACAUAGGUCACUAUUUUGAACA